ACGUAGUUUCCCUUCGCUCAACGAAGAGUGUGUCGUGUAGAGCGGUCGAACGCUGUGUUUUUUGACGUUUGUGUAGUUUUAAAGUGAAUAAUGUGAUUGUGUGGUUCGUUAUGGCCUAUAAAUACCGUGAAGAUUUAGUUGGCAAACGAUUUUUGUCUGUGAGUGGUGUGACCAAAAUUAAUGUGAAUAAAGUUUCCGAGUGGGGAUGGAAAGCUGGUGUUAUCAGGGCAGCAUCGCUCAAAGAUAACAAGAAUAAGGAGCUUCAGGUGUUAGUGGAAUAUGACGGAGUAGACUGGCAGCGCCGUGAAUGGGUUGCCGUUUAUUCGCGGAGGACGUUUCGUGUUUUUUUAGUGGAGAGAACUUUAGUGUGGGCUUCCAAAAAUGUUAAGGAUGAAACAAUCAAAUGGCCCGCUUUGACGUUUACCUCUCUGGCGGCGGACCUCACGCUGCAGCCGAACGCGCAGCCCGUCGAGUUCCUGCACGACCGCCAGCUCAGGUUCCUCGACUACGCUAAUCUGCAGCCAUUUCAGGAAUGGGACGCUAAGUUGGCUGGUGCGGACGCAGGCACAGACCCCGAGGUGCUGACUGCGCUCGCGACCGAGGCAGCGGAAUGGCGAAGCGUGCAGGACGGGCAGCGCAUCCUCACCACCACACCAUCCGUCCUCGGUGGCUGCAGGGCUCAGGUGUACCGCGCGGCCGGCACCACGCAGUGGUACACUGCUGUUAUCGUCGGGGUCAACGAACAUACUGGAGAAUUGACAGUUACUGAUGAUACUGUACUAGAGGAGCACAGCGAAGAUCCAGCCCUGGUGCAGAUGAGACUCCUCGGUGAUGGAGUUAUCGAAUCCAUAAUGAGGGGCGAGGUGGUGGGCGUCAUGCCUCGCCGCUCGCGCUCCAAUCUGCAAAGGGUAGACCGCGAAAGUGCGAAAAGCCCGGCUACGACGGGUGGUAGGAAGAAAGCAGCAGUGCGCAGCAACGGGCAGAUCGCGUCGGCGGAGCCUCCACCACAACCAUCAGGUUCCUCGCCUGAACGUGAGACCGUCGAAAUUAAUAAGAAAGGUGCUACCGAGAGUGUAAGUGCGAGUGGUGAUGUGGUUCACGUGAGUGAAGAGAAAGAAAAGUGCGCGAAACCCGAGCCCGUAGCUCAGGAGGCUGCUGUGUGCGCGAGUGAAGUGAGUGCAGUGAGUGGAGCCGCGGAUGGUGUGGCUAGCGCCGUGGCCUCCGAGGAGGACGACUGUGUGAUAGUCAGUGCGCGUGAUGGCGACGACAGGUCCGACUCCGGCGUGAGCGGGGUCCGCUCAGGCGGCUCCGCCAGCUCUGUGGAGGACCGGGAUUGGCGCGCUAUGGCGCACGGGUACGGCGGGCACCCCCCGCCGCCGCUGCUGCACCUGCCACCCCCGCCGCCGUCCAUGUACGCGAGCGAGAUCCUGUGGAAGCAGCGGUACCAGCCGCCGCUGCAUCCUCCUCUGCACCAUGCCAUCGCGGAGGAUUACCUCGCAGCGGCCACCUACGAUAGAGAGAGACAUGAAAGACUGUUACGAGAACGAAGGGAUCAGGAACGAGAGCUGUUGGAGAAGCAGCAGAAAGAAAAGGAGAGAGAACGGAUAGAACGCGAGAGAGAAAGGGAAAAGCAAGAGAGAGAAGAGAAGGAAAGGAGAGAUCAAGAGAAUGCCGCCUCGAAACUCGUGUCGAGGCACUUCGAGGAAUCUCUGAGGCUAGCCAAUCAAAAGCGGGAACGGAACAUGUCGUGGUCGCUGCUGAACAGCCUGGGGCCGGCGCGCGGCGCGGGCGCCGAGCACGAGCGGCUGCGCGCGCCGCUGCCCGACCGCGCCUACUACUCGCCGCCCGGCCACCCGCCCGCGCCGCGCCAGCCCGCGCCCACGGACUACCAUCCGCACGCGCGCCUGGCCCUCCCCUCCAAACCGGAGAAACCCCCGCACCCCGCCCUUCCCAAGGGCGAACCUAACUUCACCCCCUACAACUAUCCCUCCUACCGCGCUUAUGAUAAACUCAAAGACCAGCACCUACCGGCGCCGCCGCCGCUAGUGCCGGAAAAAAAUUCUGUGAUAGUGAAACACGACGCCAAACAAAUCCACCUCGAGCAGAAGCACCCGUAUCCGAGCAAGCCUCGGAGCGAGCCGUCCCCGCACUACCUUCCGUCACGGCCCUACCGGACGGGCCUGUCGCCGCAUGCGCCGUCGCACCCGCAUCCCGCGCUACAGACAUCCCCGCACGCGGCGUUACCUGCGCAGGACAAGAACAACCGCCGGCCACUCUAUCAACCGCCGCCGCAGCGCUCGCCCGCUGCUUACUACCAGCAAGCACCUGCCAAGCCGAAAGUGUCUAGCCCAGCGCCGCCACACAUAUACGGGAAACCGAGCAGCAACGCGCCUAGUCCAGCUCACUUCGCAGUCGCCGUGGAACCGGCGCUCCAAUUAAGUAAAGCGGAUCCUCCGCCGAUUCCCUACCCCCCUCCGUCGGCAUACUCGCCGGCGCUGCGGACGCGGCCGCCGCCGGCCGCGCACGCCCGGCCGCCGCGCCCGCACAGUGACGCGUCUUCCUCGUCCCCGUGCCAAACGCAACCCCUCGAUCUCGGCGUCUCGCGAACGGAUGAUUCCGACCGGUUAUCGCCAAGAAGACGGUGUCCUUUCGAAUCCGCGGAUUCGGAAGCGAAACGGCGGCGGCUAGAAGAGCUGCCGGCGCCAGAGCCCCUUAUAGCGAGCGCCGCGGCUAGUGCCGGGCGAACGCCGCACGGCUCCGAACCUGCGCCUCAAGCACCGGGUCCGCCGUGCGACGUCCGUGUACCUUCAGCUGACGGGAGCGUUGAAACGCCCGAAAAGGCCGCCGGCGCCUCGCCAGCACCCUCAGUCACCCCCUCAGCGAGCCCCGCGCCCGCGACCCCUGUCCCCCCGCAGGCCGCGUCGCCACCGGUGGCCCCUGCGCCGGCGCCGACGCCACCCGCUCCACCGGCAACACCGCCGGUUACGCCGGUGGCAGACGUCGACACACCCGCCAAAACCGCUUCGCCCAAUCCCAGGGACGGCUCCGCGCCGGUGCGACAUCUAGGCAAGAAGGCCUGGCUCCAAAGACACGAGACCGCGCCGAUCGGCGAGGGCGACUGCUCCGGGGGAGGCGGUACCUGCAUUACGCUGCCUAUGGCUAUCAACAGAGUGUCGGAACAAGAGGACAAUUCUAACUCAAAUAUAAUCGUUCCUGUCGCCGCCAAGUCGAUACAAAGGCAGACUGGGUCGCGGAAGAACUCUAAACCUAGGAAACCUAAAGAGAUGAACGGUCGAGUCGAAGAGGCCGAGCGCGACAGCUCGAGUUCGGAGCGCGAGUCCACAUCACCACCAAAGAGAAAACCGCCGAAAGCGAAGAGAAAAAAAGGCACGGUGCCGCGAAAAGCCGGCGACGAACCUAAAAAGAAGAAGGCUUCGGAGAGCGGCAGCGAAAGUGACAAGGAGAGCGACGAUAAAGAUUCGGACUCGGGGGCGAGCGGGAGCGGCAGUGGCAGCACUUCCAGCAAAAGAGGAGGUGGCGGCCGAGCCCGAGGCAGAAGAACGCGAGGUGGCGGCGGAGGCCGAGGCGGCCGGCGGAAAGACGAGCCCCCGCAGCGGACGCCGUCCACCGCACGAGGCAAGCCCGUGCCCGAGACCUUCCUCCAGAACGGCUCGUGCUGCGAGGUGGCGCCUCGCCUCGCCAAGUGCCGUGAAUGUCGCUGGUCCCCCGCGCAGCGCGACAAGGAUAUGCCCAACAUAUUCUGUCGCUUUUACCAUUUUCGAAGACUGAAGUAUGCCAAGAACAGGCAAUUAGCCAUUGCUGGAUUCUCAGAUCCGUACAAAGAUGCUGAAGAGGAGGACAAAAAACUUUGGCUCUCAUCUUCAGCUGGAGCCGCAGAAUUAGACAUAGAGAUGAGUUGCUUCCUCCUGCGGGAAAUUGGUGACCAGUUCUGUGAACUGCUUCAACAGGAAAAGGAGGCGGAGUUACACCAUCAGAAUGACGACAAGACGAUAGCGUGGAAGCGUGUGGUGCAGGGCGUGCGAGAGAUCUGCGACGUAUGCGAGACGACGCUCUUCAACUUCCACUGGACUUGCGGCAAGUGUGGCUUCGUCGUCUGCCUCGACUGCUAUAAGUCCCGGACGUCUGGCGAAUCAGCAAACACCACUAGUGAGACGAGUAAUUCUUCGAAUGCCAACUCAAACGUCGAAAGAGAUUCGUUCGGGUGGUUGCUGUGCACGUCGGGCGGCGCGCACCCGGUGCGGCGGCUGCUGCUGACGCAGAUCGCGGCGGGCGGCGCGCUGGGCGCGGCGGCGGCGCGGGCGCACGCGGCGCGCGCGGCCUGGGCGCUGCCGCCGUGCGCGUGCGGCGCGCAGGCCGCGCCGCCGCCCGCCGCGCGCGCGCGCGCCCGCCAGCUGCUCGUCAAGGUCAUGCAGAAGAAUGUGAAAAAGGAGGAUGUGAAAGAAGAAAACGGCCCGUCCAACGGCACUUCGCCAAUAAAGUCCGAGAACGGUAAAACGGGCAGCCCCGUUGUGAGCUGGCUCUCCGACAUCCCGCUGAAGACCGAAAAGGAGGAGAAAUCCGACUCCAGCUCCAGCGACUCCAGCGAGGAGGGCGGCAAUUUCUCCACCUUGCGGGAACUUUUAAUAAGACCCGCGCCCGACACGGCCGAACCUCCCAAGAAGAAGCAGAAGAAAACGAAGGGCGUCACCCUAUCUACAUCCGAUGUGAUAUCGAGCGUCGUCGACGAGAAGAAAGGCGAAGACGAGGAGACCAAGCCCUUCGCUCUGUCGACGGUCGUGAAGCGCUACGAGCGCAGCGGACGCAACCGCGACGAGCUGCCCGUGCGGAUCAUGACGCUCACGGAGUCCAAGGUGCUGUACCCCGACGUGCCGCACGCCUGGCUGUGCGACGGCCGCCUGCUGCACCUCACCGACCCCGCGCACCCCGGCAACUACAAACCUUUCCAGGACCAGUGGAAACGUGGUCAGCCCGUGCUAGUGUCGGACCUGUCCAAUCUGCUGGACAAAGACCUCUGGAGCCCCGAGAGCUUCUCGCGUGACUUCGGCGACACGCGGGUCGACCUCGUCAACUGCGCGUCCGGGCUCGUCGUGCCCAACCAGCCGGCGCGCAAGUUCUGGGACGGCUUCGAGCUCGCCGGCAAGAGGCUGCGCGACGAGCGCGGCGCGCCCAUGGUGCUCAAGCUGAAGGACUGGCCGCCCGGCGAGGACUUCGCCGAGCUGCUGCCCACGCGCUUCGAGGACCUCAUGCGGGUGCUACCCCUCGGCGAGUAUACUUCCCGGGCCGGCAAGCUCAACCUCGCCGCGCGCCUGCCCGAGUGCUUCGUGCGGCCCGACCUCGGGCCCAAGAUGUACACGGCGUACGGCGGCGCCGGCGGCACCACCAACCUGCACCUGGACGUGAGCGACGCCGUGAACGUGAUGGUGCACGCCAGCGCGCCGCCGGACGCGCCGGAGCGGGCGCGCGAGGCGGCGCGCGCGGCCGAGGAGGCGGGCGUGGACGUGCUGUCGCGGCGCCGCGCGCGCCUCAAGCCGCCGGCGGCGCUGUGGCACAUCUACGCGGCGCGCGACGCCGACAAGAUCCGCGACCUGCUGGUGCGCGCUGAGCUGGAGCGCGGCGCGAGGCCCCGCGCGCAGCACGACCCCGUGCACGACCAGACCUGGUACCUGGACGCGGCGCUGCGCGAGCGCCUGUACCGCGAGUACGGCGUGGAGGGCUACGCCGUGCUGCAGUGCCCGGGCGACGCCGUGUUCGUGCCGGCCGGCGCGCCGCACCAGGUGCGCAACCUGCUGGACUGCGUCAAGGUGGCGGAGGACUUCGUGUCGCCUGAGAACGUGUCGCGCUGCUUCGAGCUGGCGCAGCAGUUCCGGCGCUUGUCGCGGCAGCACUCCAACAAGGAGGACAAGCUGCAGAUCAAGAACAUCGUGUACCACGCCGUGAAGGACUCGCUGUGCUGCCUGGAGGAGGCGCUGGCGGCGGCGGAGUAGGCCGCGCCACCCUCUCCUCUCGCAUUUGAUCUCAACCUCGAACGUAACGUUAGCUAAGUUCCGCAUUUAAACGUAAGAUUGGGAGCGAGUGACCCGCGUUUCGUAUGUAAGAUGCCAUUGUUAAGCGUCGCGUGGAAUGUGUACCAGUUGUGUGUGUAAAUGUACUCAAAAUGUGAUUUAGUCCGACUGUCGCGAUCGGAGAAUGUGCAAUGUAAAUUAGUCUGAAUACGGUGAUAUUGUCGAGAUGUGGAUAUCUUUUAUGUUCCUUAAUCGAAAUACAAAAUAAACUCUUCAGGUUAUUUACGGCUUAUUUGUAGUUCUAGUGAUAUGUAUGUAUUGUGUAAAUUUUUAAUUCGAAUUCCAUCGAGUACAUAUUAAGAAGUGUAUACUUUUAAGUUAUUGUAUUGAAGUAAACGUAUUCGCUCGAAGCAUUGUACAUUAAACACUGCGUGUAGAUAAGUUUCUCCUAUAUUAGAUUUUCUCAAUUUGGUUAGUAUGUUACAAAUAAUAGUUAAACAAGAUAUGUGACAAUUUCUUUUGUCCUUAUUGCUGUAUUAGGCGAAAGCAAGUUUUUUUUGUACUGUGUAUAUUAUGUACGGUUAUAAGUUGGAAUAAAAAAAGAUGUUUAUAUUA